AUGUAUGUCAUUAAGAGAGAUGGUCGUAAAGAACCAGUUCGUUUUGAUAAAAUUACAUCUAGAAUUACUCGUUUAUGUUACGGAUUAGAUUCAGAUCAUAUCGAUGCCGUGAAAGUGACUCAAAGAAUCAUUUCUGGUAUCUAUGAAGGUGUAACAACUGCUGAAUUAGACAAUUUAGCUGCUGAGACAGCCGCAUAUAUGACUACUAUUCAUCCAGAUUAUGGGACUUUAGCUGCUAGACUUGCUAUUUCAAAUCUACAUAAACAAACUACAAAACGGUUCUCCCAAGUUAUCGCUGAUUUAUAUCAUUGGAUAAAUCCCGCCACUGGGAAACAUGCCCCUAUGAUUUCUAAAAAAGUUUAUGAUAUUGUCAUGGAACAUAAAGACCUGCUAAACUCGACUAUCGUCUAUGAUAGAGACUACUCCUACAAUUAUUUUGGAUUUAAGACUUUAGAACGUUCUUACCUAUUGAAAAUCGAUGGGAAGGUUGCUGAACGUCCACAACAUUUAUUAAUGAGGGUGGCUUUAGGUAUUCAUUUAGAUGAUAUUGACUCUGUUAUCGAAACCUAUAAUUUAAUGUCUUUAAGGUAUUUUACACAUGCCUCCCCUACUUUGUUCAAUGCAGGUACUCCAAAAUCUCAAAUGUCUUCCUGUUUUUUAGUUGCUAUGAAGGAGGAUUCUAUUGAAGGUAUAUUUGACACUUUAAAGGAAUGUGCUAUGAUAUCUAAAACUGCAGGUGGUAUCGGUGUACAUAUCCACGACAUUCGUUCCACAGGUUCCUAUAUUGCUGGUACAAAUGGUAACUCCAAUGGUAUCAUCCCAAUGCUUCGUGUCUUCAAUAAUACGUCGCGUUAUGUUGAUCAAGGUGGUAAUAAAAGACCAGGUGCCUUUGCAAUCUAUUUAGAGCCUUGGCAUGCGGAUAUUUUUGAUUUCAUUGAUAUUAGAAAGAACCAUGGUAAAGAAGAAAUUAGAGCAAGAGAUUUGUUUCCUGCUUUAUGGAUUCCUGAUCUAUUUAUGAAACGUGUAGAAGCUAAUGGUAAUUGGACACUGUUCUCACCAAAUGAUGCUCCAGGACUAUCUGAUGUCUAUGGUGAAGAAUUCGAAGCUUUAUAUGAACGUUACGAAAAGGAAGGUCGUGGUACUACCAUCAAAGCACAUAAAUUAUGGUACUCUAUCUUAGAAGCUCAAACAGAAACAGGUACACCAUUCAUGAUUUAUAAGGAUUCAUGCAACUCCAAAUCUAACCAAAAAAAUCUAGGUACUAUUAAAUCUUCCAAUUUAUGUUGUGAAAUUGUCGAAUACUCUUCCCCAGAUGAAACAGCAGUCUGUAACUUAGCUUCCGUCUGUUUGCCUGCCUUUAUUGAAUUCUCAGAAGAUGGUAAGACUUCCACUUAUAAUUUUGAUAAAUUACAUGAAAUUACUAAAGUGGUAACCGUCAAUUUGAAUAGAGUCAUUGAUAAUAACUACUAUCCUGUACCAGAGGCUAGAAAUUCCAACGAAAGGCACAGACCAAUUGCUUUAGGUGUUCAAGGUCUAGCAGAUGUUUAUAUGCUGCUCCGUUUGCCAUUCGAAUCUGAAGGAGCUCGGACCUUGAAUAAACAAAUCUUUGAAACAAUAUACCACGCGUCUUUAGAAGCUUCCUGUGAGUUAGCUCAAAAAGAAGGUACUUAUCAAUCUUGGGAAGGCUGUCCAGCUUCUAAAGGUAUCUUACAAAUGGAUAUGUGGAACGCAGAACCAUUUGGUUUAUGGGACUGGGGCUCAUUAAGAAAACAAAUAAUGGAACAUGGGUUAAGAAAUUCAUUAACCAUGGCUCCUAUGCCAACUGCAUCUACUUCUCAAAUCAUGGGUUUUAAUGAAUGUUUUGAACCGGUCACUUCUAACAUGUAUCAACGUCGUGUUCUUUCUGGUGAAUUCCAAGUGGUUAAUCCUUACUUAUUACGUGAUUUAGUUGAUUUGGGUAUAUGGGAUGAAUCUAUGAAACAACAUUUAAUUACUGCUAAUGGUUCUAUCCAAGGUUUAAAUGUACCACAAGAACUAAAAGAUUUGUAUAAAACUGUUUGGGAAAUUUCUCAGAAAACAAUCAUUGAUAUGGCUGCAGAUCGUUCAAUUUAUAUUGACCAAUCUCAUUCCUUGAAUCUAUUCUUACGUGCACCAACAAUGGGUAAGAUUACAAGUAUGCACUUCUAUGGUUGGAAAAAGGGUUUGAAGACAGGUAUGUACUAUUUGAGAACACAAGCCGCAUCAGCUGCAAUCCAAUUCACUAUUGAUCAAAAAGUAGCUGCACAAGCAAUGAACAAAGUCGCCGAUAUUUCCAACUUGAAUCGUCCUGUAUAUGUCCCACAAGGUACAAGCUACACAGAGAGCUUAAAAAAUACAGCUACACUACAGGAACCAGUACUUGAAAAGGAUUUAGCUAAUUUAAAGUUAGAGGAACAACAUUUACAAACACCAAAUGAAAUGUCUACUCAAAAAUUAGGAAAUCAAAUAACACCUAUAGCUAUUGCUGAGCCCGUUCAAGUCUAG